AUGAUAUUUGUUCAUCUAUUGAUUUUAUAAGCCUUUUCAAUUAGCGAUUAUUAAUUUGGAUACUAACUUUUAGAUUGUUCGGGACCAUUUGAAUUAGUUACUUUUCCAAAAUAAUUUUAAGAAAUUCCUCAAAUUAUUAUUACUCAAUCCUCAAUAAAAUUUCUAUCUAAUGAAGUAGACUUCCGAUUUGAAAUUUAAUCUAUUACAAUAUAAAGUAAUUUAUUAACUAUCAAUUUAGGUUUUAUAAUUAUUUAUGAAUGUCGAAGAGAUGUUAGUUAAGUAAAUGUUAAAUGGCAUGCAAUUAACGAUCAAAGAAUAUAAGUCAUUAAUUGUUUUAAUAAAGAAAAUCCAAAAAAUGAAACAAUUAAUCAUUAUAAUCCAAAUGCUUUGAAUGGUUUUCUAAUUUUAACAAGUAUUUCUUACUCAUAAUAAAUAAACUUUAUCAUUGAAGUAUUUUCUUAUAAAUAUAUGAGAUUAUCAAAAUAACUCCUUUAGAUGUUACUGUAGGCAUAUCAAAUACCAAUAAUUUGAGGCAAAUAGGCUAUCAAAUCAUUUUAGGUAUAGAUGACUCGUUUGUUAAUUUAGGAAAAUUUAAUGCUAUCAAGGAUGAUUAAAUAACUUUACCUAUAUUACCAGAUAAAUUUUUUAUAACCCCUUAUGUAGGUUUUAUUUUAACUCCAAUUGAGGGUGUUAAUAUAUUUCAAUCUGAAGAUUUAACCACGAAUCCUGGAAAUUUAAUUUUUAAAAUAUACGAAUAACAAGGAGAUAGUCUAUUUAGUAGAAAUUUUCAUUACAGAAUCUGGAUUUCCAAGACUUUUUCAACUGUCUUUAAAUCUUAUAGAUAUAAAAAAAUUCAAAUAAUUUAAAAAAAUUAUUUAGAUUAAGACAUUUAAUCUUCUAUUCAACUUAAAUUUGAUUUAGAGAACAAAAUUUUCAAUGAAAAUGGAAAUUAUAGAUUACUCAUAGAUAAAUCAAGCUAAUUUAUAAAUGUUUUUUUUCAAUUGAUUUGUUAAUAAGAUGAAAAGAAAUAAUUAGAAUUUUAGUUAUUUUAGAGAUCUUUGAAUAGUUUCUCAUCUUAAUAUACUUGUGAUAAUAAAAUUAAGUUAAUAGAAUGCAAAAUGGAAUUAAUUGUUGAAAGCGUUGCUAUUCAAGAGUUAUUAAUUGUUAUAGAAAAUUCAAAUUUUUAAAUGAAGUAGAUACUCUAUAAUUAAAUUGUAGAGUAAAUAAUUUUAUUUAAUGCAUUUGAAAUAUGA